AAGAAGAAGAAGAAGAAGGAGAAGACGGAGAAGAAGAAGAAACGUAUUUUGGUUUUGCUUCCUGUGUUUCGUUGACUCGGUGACGGAGAGAACAUGAACAUGAACAUGAACAUGAACGUGGAGGCGAGCCAGACGUCCUACUGCACCGUGCUGGACGGGAAGAGCCGCUGUAAGUACGUGUGCUACACGCGGAGGAGGAACGACGGCGCCUUCUGUGUCUGUCUGACAGAUGCAGCUGAUGUUUGGAGCACAGAGUACACGGAGGACGCCUUGAGCCAGUUCAGACAGAGGUUUGCCCUGAAAUCCACAGAAGAUUAUCUCCUCAAGCUCAGGUCGGCCUGUGGUAGCGGGGAUGUGUCCGUCGUGGUCCACGACGCCGGGGCAGAGCUCCGGGUGGGCUCCGGGCCGGGCGCGCUGAGCGUGGGCCUGUCCCGGCUGGAGGGCCAACAAGCUGCAGAGGAACUGAGGGAGCUGCUGUUCAGAAUGGCCGACAGUAUUGCUCAGCUUGACAGUAAAUUUAGACCCCCGACCGUCAGCCCGGUGAAAAACUCCCUCAGGCACCAAACAGACUUUGAGCCCCGGCAGCAGCAGAGCUGUGCUCCGUCGGUGACCGUGAAGAGACGAGCUCCGGGGGCUUCGCUCAUCAACCCGGGAACUAAAAAGUUCAGUUCAUCGAAAGAUGCAAGCGACUGGCGUGGCCUUCGAUGACGCAGACGAGGACUGAACUCCUCCGUGUGGUCACCCCUCUUUUAAUCCAUGCACACGACAUAAUGAAGUUGAUGUUUUUAAUCACAGUUUAAUUACGGCUAUGAAAUGUUAUAAAUCACAAUGGAACCUUUUUUUUUAAAUUGUGUUUUUAAUAUUAUUCUCAGGCCUGCGUCCUGAACAAUGAUGUAACUCGAUAUGUAAUUUAAUGUGGAAAUAUAAUAAAGACAGAGUUGCUCUGA